AUGUCGGAAGAAUCACCAGCACAGCGAUCCGCUCGAUUGCGCCGUGAGCGCCGCGAGGCAAAGAUCAAGGAAGGAGGCUCAGCGCGCCUCGACAAGAUCACCAGUCUGAGUGGACGGACGCCCCAAUCCGACCGCGAAGAAGCCUCUCCAUCCCCUCAACCCGCAAUCUCCGCAUCCGCCUCUCCAGCACCCUCAAAUCCCCAGUUUCAACACUCGGCAUCCUCGCAACCGGAAAUGCAGUCACCAGACGCUAUCCGCGCCCAGCAGGAAGCCUUCCUCUCACUGCUGCGACAGUCUGUCCCGCCACAAGGCCAAGGCCUGCAACCCGACCCGCAAGCGCCAAAUGGCCUGCAAGCCCAACAAGAUAUGUUCCGCGCAAUGCUGAGACAAGGCGCACCGGAACAGGGACAGGGCCAACAACCCAACGACGAGGACCCCACAAUGAAACUGCUGAGCUCUCUCAUGGGUGCCAUGCCUGGCGGUGACCCCAAUGCUCCACCUGGUGCGCCUCCAGCUGGUGCAGGAAAUGGACCAGCACCUGGAUUCUCGCUUGCUGCCAUUGCAUCAAUGCUCGGCGUGCCUCCUUUCCUCGCGAAUAUGCUGGGUGGAGCCGCACCGCCAACGGAGGCGGAGCAGAAGAGGGCUCGGGUCUGGAAGACGUUGCAUACUGUUUUCGCUUUGGCGGUUGCUGUUUACCUGCUGUUUAUCAUUAGCAGUUCGGUCGCCUUGUUCGGAAAUCCCCCGCCCAAGCCUGCGACGGCACAGAACCCCUUCGCGAUCUUCGUGACGGGCGAGUUGCUUUUGACCGGAAGUAAGGUGUUGUUUGGUGGGAAGUCGGGAAUGGGAAUGGCAGUGCAGCUUUUGAAAGACAUUGUCCGGGAUGGCAGCGUUGUGCUGUUCAUGUUAGGCAUGGGAACUUGGUACAACCGCGAAUGGCUGACUACAGAGUAG